GGCCCGUUGUAAACGGGAUUUCUCUAGAUUGAACACCUGCAUAUCGUGGAGCCAGGAAAUUUGCAGUCUGCACCCCAUCGCACACAGAAUUGUGCCUGUAUCGACACGUUCCAUACGUCCCAUAACUCGUGGAAACUCAUCGUGCGCAAGGUGGUGUCGAUCGCGUUUUACAGAUGAGUCGCGGGUUAAUGUUACAGUGACGCUCAUAUCCUCUCGGAACUCGUCACACCAGCGCCGGGCCCGUCAUACCAGAUGAACUCCAGUCUCCGGGCUGAACGGGAGAACCACAAAAACGUAUAGUACAAAGUGGGAUUGUAUCGCUGCCGUUGCGCUUUCGUCUAUGUUUCGGGUAAUUCUUCUGGUUUGGGCAGAGCUUCCUCUUACCAGAACCCUAACUAUCAUAGGGCCGAUUCUCGUGGCACUUCGUUUCUUCGAGAUUCUCAUGAUCUCACAGCUAACGGGGAUCAAGACUGGAUCGAGUAACGUCUACCGCUUUACACUUCGUCAAUCAACGGCCUCUUCGUUGUAAGGUACUUUCAUCGACACAUAUUCCCCACUUUCGAAAUUUCGAAAUCCCGUUG